AUGCGAUCGGCCACCCGCUUCAUCAAUGUCCAGCUAAUCGCCGACCAGCUGGCCGCCAACGGCUACUUCGUCGUCAUGCCGGAUCUGUUCCACGGCGACCCUGCGCCGCUGAAUCCCCCGGAGGACUGGGACCUGAUGGCCUGGCUGAAGGGCCCGCUAGGCCACCUGCUCGAGCGUGUGGAGCCGGUCGUCAAGGCGGUGUUCGGUGAGAUGAAGUCCGCCUUGGGUUGUGAGCGGGUCGGCGCCAUUGGGCAUUGCUUUGGGGCGGGCGGUGCGGACGCUGCCUACUUGGCCCAUCCCAGCUUCGUAGAGGCUGACGAGCUGGCGGCCAUCAAGGGCUCGUUGUCCAUUGCGGCAGCUGAAAAUGAUUCCAUCUUUCCGGCUCCGAAGCGCCACGAGUCCGAGGAAAUACUGGCCCAGACGGGCCAGCCGUACCAGAUCAACCUGUUUAGCGGUGUCGAACAUGGCUUCGCUGUCCGCGCCGACCUUUCAAAGCCCAUUAUUCGAUUCGCCAAGGAGGCGUCAUUUACCCAAGCCGUAGCUUGGUUCAACCAGCACCUUUGA